AUGUUUCUCCUCUUUAUGCCUCAAUUUCUGAUAUUAAUUUGUUUAAAUAUUUUAAAGGUCAAUAUAAGCAAAAACCAGAAAAAACUAUGCAAAUAAAAUGAUUCUCUUGAGGAACAACAAAUUAAGCCAGUUUAUACAAAAAGGAAAAGAUGUAUAUCGAACUGUGUCGUAUAUUCAGGGCCAAACACCGGAGCCCAAAGUGCGAGAAUAUUUUUAUUAUAUAGAUCAUCAAGGAAUGCUCUUUUUAGACGAUGCACCCAUGAAGAACUUCACUUCGUGUUUUAAAGAGAAGAAAUUCCUGAGGUUCUUUUUUAGCCAGCUGAAAGUUAAUAAAACAAACCGAUAUCCUGAAUUUCCAUACAUUUCGCCUUGUGGCAGAGAACGAAAUUUUGUUCGAUGUGAUGACUAUCCUAUCGUUUUCACACACGUUUUAGAGGUUGAUAACGAAUAUUAUCUAGCGCAUAACCAUGCAGGAGAGCUAUUAAAACGAACAUUCGAACCGGAAAGAGUUAUUAUGUUACCGGCGACAGGUAGAGUCUAUCAUCCAGCUCAUGAAAAAGCUGGUUCUGUAGGUUUAAUUAGAUCAAAAUUAGCUAUAGAGUUCAGUAAUCAGUUUAAAUUUAUGAAUGGUGAAGAUCAACCUCCUACUCAUUUUACUUUUCGAGGAACAACGUACGAAUUGCAGAAUGACUGGUAUUAUGAAGCUAAAAAAUGACUUUAUUUUAAUAAAAGCUCUUUAUUCAAAUAUAUUUAACAUGAUAUAUUAAAAUGUAAAUUUGUUCGACUUAUAUUGCACUGUAAAUACAAUUAACAAAGUAAUAUAUACAUAAUGUCAACAUUU